CCACGCACCACAACUGCAAUAAUGAUGGUGUUGAAGCCCCACCGAACAUCAGGGUGUCGUCGAUUACUGUGGACUAGCCAGAACGAGCAGGAUACAAAAAUGCAGACUAGGCUAGCUGGUCCGACAAGCUACAUUCGUGGGGUUUGGAUUGAGGUUGCUUGAAACAUUAGCCCGAGCUGUAGCAGAAAAUCGCCACGCGUACAAUGACCGACGGUUGUCGAAGCACACAAAAGCACAGGCAGACACCUGCAAGUUCAACAAUUGGGCCGAGUCUACCAUAAUAUAUUGAUUCGUACAGCAGCGGGUUGCCCAUGCCUAGUUGCAAGCAAGCCUGGAAUGGCAGUUCAGUAAUAUGCUCCCGGGCCUGAAAGCCAGCAGCAAUAUGCACAGCCGGGCCGCCAUGGACCAGGCUGGCAAUUUGCCGUCGGAAGAGCGUGUCCACAUGUCAAGUUGUGGUACGAUGCCAUUGUCAUGCUCAAUGAUACCAGAUCCCACUUUUCCAUCCGGGGGUUGUCUUGAGAUCGCCCAUUGGCCACUGCCUCUCGGACCACCGCUGACGAUGGCCACUUCCCCAGGACCACACAGCCAAUGGCUGUGCUGCGCUGCACACGCCAUUUCUGCAACUACCGCUCUCCUGCUGGUCGUGACGUCGCUUCCCCGAGCAUCAAUCUGUCGACGAGCCGACAACUAUUUACACCCUGCCCCCGAAUCCAGCCUGCAGCCUCGCGCUCCGCUGCGCCCUCCGCUUUGCAUGGCAUCGCCAUCAACAUCCUCCAGCACAAAGGCUGCUGGCCACAGUGGAGCCGCCGUUGCUGCCGACGCAGCCAGCAAGCCCGGACAGACAAUCGUCCUCGACCAACGACCACCAACUCCGCCCACUUCCGACACUGAGCCUUUCCCUGUCCUCGAUGUCGACCACAUAGUCACCGAAGAUGGGGCGGUAGAACGAGGAGACUCGGAGGCAGCAGGCGGCGCGGCCGACGAUCACAAUGAGUCGCCAACAGACUUGAAUGCCACCGCUGUAGACGAUGCGCCGGAUACCACAGUUGGGCAGCGCGGAGGCCUUGCGUUGCAAACUGGGGUUGAGGUAACGCGGCAACAGCACCAGGAAAAUCAUCUCAAUGUCGAGAUCGAGUCCGCACGGUCCCAGCCGUCCCCCGUAACCCCUCCCUACUGGAGCCACCCACCAGCAUCACCAGAGAGGCACCCGUUCCUAUCGUCGCCGCGACCUGAAUCAACCGAUACCCAUGCCGGACAUCGCGGCCACGCGGGCGGAGCUUCGUCCGCAUCAUCAGACACUACCGUGUCCCCUACAACGCCGCGCAGCAGCUACGAUCGAUACAGCCAUGGCCGCAGCAUGACGACCACUAGCAUAGACAGCCUCAUGGCUGAAGGCGGAAUUACCCUUCGUGACAACGAGAAUAGCAGCAUCGACGACCGAGGAAGCGCGUGUUGGGCGCGCAGCGUGGUGAUAAGGGAUUAUGUCACUGUCAACGGCGGCGCGACAAACAUAGGAGCAUUUGUGGUGUGGAAUGUCCGGGUAGAGACACUCAGUGGGAGCCACAUGAACAUUUGCAAGCGAUACUCGGAAUUCGACGACCUCCGUAGCAGGCUGAUUCGCAGCUUCCCGAGCUUUGCAGGCGCAGUGCCCGAGCUGCCGCCCAAGAGUCUGAUAUCGAAGUUUCGCCCGAGUUUCCUGGAGAAGAGGAGGGCAGGCUUGCAGUAUUUUCUCAACUGCAUCAUGCUCAACCCAGAGUUUUCUGGGUCACCUAUCCUGAAAGAAUUUCUCUUCUCAUGAGCCCUGUCUAGCUGAGGCUGGGAGCUGCUCAGAUUCGCCACCCCUUUGGCGUAUUGGAACUCUUUUCCCGAGCGCCGUGUUGUUGGGUCUGCCCUUACUCAACCACACGCGCCCGCAUGCACACAUACACCAUCCUGCAUUGCUUUCUCGGCACCCUUCCUUCGCUUCAUGAACAUGAUUUGCCCCAUAUUUUUCCCAUUUGAAUGCAUGGCGUAUGGCCACCCAAGCGUGUUACGAGGUCACGAUUUGCACUGUUCACAUCAAACGAGGUCACUGUUUCAAUUCGAUCUGCGUGCCUAGGUAUACAUAUAUAAUAGUAGAACUAAUAAUGGAGCACACGAUCGUUGAAUAAU